UACUCGUUUAACCAUCCCACCUUGAACUACCGCCAAGAUGCCUCAAGAGGUCGCUGAUAUCAAGAAGUUCAUCGAGAUCUGCCGUCGGAGUGACGCCUCCUCCGCCCGGAUCAAGAAGAACAAGAAGACCAACAACAUCAAGUUCAAGGUCCGAUGCCAAAAGAACCUCUACACCCUGGUUCUUAAGGACACCGACAAGGCCGAGAAGCUCAAGCAGAGCCUCCCCCCCACCCUGCAGCUUACAGACGUCUCCAGCAAGAAGAAGUCUGCUUAAAUGAAGGUGGUUUGAAAACGGGUAACUCUGGUAGCGGGAGGAUUCACAUGGAAUGGGCGUCUUGGGACCUUGCAUUUCAUCAUGUGCUCUGAAAGGAGGAUACUCGGAUGAGUCCAAAAAAUAAAAAGAACCGAUUCGAGUCA